ACAAAUGCCUAACUGGCCCUGCCUAAAUAGACUUCUCCUGCUAACCCAGAAUCAGCAAUGGUUAGAUAAAUAGAUACUUAUUGAAUGGUUUACUGUGCAACCCCAACUGCCAAGACUCACAUCCUUGUUUAAUUUGAGAUUGAGAUAAAUGCAUUGACCAAGGUUUCAAUGUCUCAAACACAGCUUUGUGAUGUUAAACAUUUAUUUAGAAUUUGAUGGUAAUGUAUAUACUAGGCACCUCCUUCUGAUCAUAGAUAACAUUCCAAUGAAAACUGUUAGUCACUAUAAAAGUAAAAGUUUAGGCAGAUAGCUCACAUUAGCUCUUGAGGAUGGUUGUUGCCUCUAUGGUGACUGUGAGGAUGUCCCAGAUGUGGAUGCUGAGAUGGGUCGUCCUACUGGCGGGGCUGCAGUUGAUACAAGCAGACUUUAUGAUCGAUUAUGAACUUAUGGGAUUUCCAAUGGGGACUAUGUGGCCAACAACAACGGCAAAAACAGUUCGUGCCAGUGACCAUGUCAACAACAUCUGCAGCAUGUGGGGAAACUUCCACUUCAAGACAUUUGAUGGGGACUUUUAUCAGUUCCCAGGCACAUGCGAGUAUAACCUGGUGUCUGACUGCAAAGACCCCAUUUCUUUGUUCUCAAUUUACGUGAACAGAACAGGACAAACCAAAACACCAAAGAUCAGCAGAGUCUUGGUUACCAUUAAUGGCAUCACAUUUAAUUUGACCAAGAGCCAGGUCAUGAUCAAUGGAGAAAAUAAAUCGCUUCCCCUGCAUGAGGCAGGGAUCCUUGUGGAAGAGAACACAAUUUACAUCAGGCUCUAUUACAAAAUGGGCAUCACUGUCAUAUGGAACAAAGAGGAUGCAGUCACGGUGGAGUUGGACUCCAAAUAUUCAAAUAGAACCUGUGGAGGUGUGGGUUGGCGAUUUCAGUGGCGUUCUAUAAGAAGGUUAAUUCCGGUCAGAGUCUCACGACCACUUACCAAUAACUACCACAAAGCCUACUAUAACAACCAAGGAAUCUACCACAUCAUUUACCUGAACAACAACAGAGAUAUACCACAUCACCUCACCAUCAGCUACCACAAAGCCUGCCUCUACAACAACAGAAUAUACCCAUCACCUACACCGUCAACUACCACCAAAGCCUACUACGACAACAGAAUCCCUCGGGGCAUCACCCUGCACCCACAAAGCUACCCACAAAGCCUACUACAACAACAGAAUCUACCCCUCACCAUCAAAAAGCUACCACAGAGCCUACUACAACCUUGA